AUGUUUCAGUCUUCGAAACCAUACUCGGCGGUCACAGUACAGAUUGAGGUCCUCACAAGUGAAACAUAUGAAGUCGAAGACUCUUCCGGUAUCGUUGAUCUGGUAGAGGUCAUCCGCAUCCAAGCGAGCGGACCAACGGAAGCGAGCCGUGCGCUACGCAAGAAGCUAAAAUACGGCAAUCUCCACCGACAACUCCGCUCCCUCGUCAUCCUCGACUUCCUCAUCCAAAAUGCGGGGGACCGAUUCCUUCGCGAAUUCGCCGAUGAGCCCCUCCUCGAACGACUCCGAAUCGCUGGAACAGACCCCGUCUCCGAUCCUCUCGUCAAGCAAAAAUGUAAAGUGUUGUUUGGACAAUGGGCCGUCACUUACAAGGACACCGCGGGGAUGAGCAAGAUCACUGCGCUGUACAAACAGCUGCCGAAGCGGAAGCAACCUGCAACGCAGGCUAAGGCCAAGGUGUUGCGUGAAGGUGCAAACCCGAGCUCAAAUGAACCGCCCAUGGGUCACACGGUCUCAAUCUCAGCGGGUAAUGGGCCCUCAACCAUGCUGGCGAGUCCGAAGACGAAGAGCAAGCCGAAGAAGGAUAAGCGUGAGAAGAAGCUGUCUGUCAGUAUGAGCCGAGGGUUUAAUAUUGAGCGUGAGAGACCGGAAAUCUUGCAGAACCUUGCAUCUGCUUCUGUUGCGAGUACGAAUUUGUUGAACGCUUUGAAACUCGUUAAUCGAGAAACUACCCGUGUCAGUGAGGAUGCCGAAUGUAUCAAUCGAUUUGAGAAGUGUAAGAAGCUGCGACACCAGAUUCUGCGAUACAUUCAGUAUAUCGAGACUGAAGAGUUCCUUGGAGGAUUGAUUCAUGCCAAUGAGGAGCUUGUGACAGCUUUGAUGGCCUUUGAGGUCCUUGAUAAGAGCGUCGACUACGAUAGUGACAGCGAUGAUGAUAUCCUAUCCGGAAAUUGGCGAUCAAAGGCGGAAUUGGAUGAUGAGAUGGGCCAGAGUUUCAGUGGAUUGAGUGUGAAUCCACCCAGACCAGCUCGUCCAGCGCAGCACCCACUUGCCUCUUCAUCGUUACAGGAUCUGGAGAGUGAAAGUGAGGAGUCAGAAGAGGAUGAUGAGGAUAAUCCCUUUGGAGAUCGGAAUGCGAUUAAGCCCGAAAUUGCUGCAAAAUCAAGUUACACCUGGAAAGAAGUAUGA